AUGAAGUUCACCGUCCUCAUCGCGGCCGCUUUGGCCGCUGCUCCUAUCCCAGAGGCUGCCGCCCACCCCGGUAUGGGAGAAACCAUCAAAGAAAUCGAACGAAUUGCUGCUCGAAGCUGGGGAAAUGGCUGGGGCAGCAACAAGUGGCCCUCCAAGAACACUGGAGCAAACACUUGGGGUAGCGGUGGAGGCCAGAGUAGUGGAGGCCAGAGCAGUGGAGGCAACGCAUGGGGUAAUGGAGGAGGUCAGACUGGUGGAGACCAGGGCAAUGGAGGCGACAGCUGGAGCGACAGUGGAAGUCAGAGCGGAGGCAACAGCUGGAGUAAUGGCCAAAGCCAAAACAAUGGAGGAGGCUCUUCCUCCUGGCCCGGUCAGAGCAAUGGCGGUAGCAGCUGGAGCAGCGGCGGAGGCCAAAGCGGAGGCCAGAGCGGAGGUCAGGGUGGCUGGACUGGAGACAGCUUCGAUGCUCACUCCCUUAUCGGAGAUCUUAGCACUGUCAGUGACAAGUCUCUCACUUCAGUCGGCAGGGAUAUCAAGAAGAUCCUCCAAGGCAAUGGCAACCCCACAAGCCGCGAGCGUUACUUUGGCUGCCCAUCUAUGAACACUCCCCAGUGCAAGCGCGACACCUGCUGUGUGUGGCAAUACAUCUCCAACGAGCUUCAAGAACGCUUCAGGGGUGAGGCUGGUCGCUGCACCCGAUGGGCUCGCUAUGCAGUUCGAAUUGGCUUCCACGAUGCUGGUACCUGGUCCUUGAAGACUGCUUCUCAGGGAGGUGGUGCUGAUGGCUCCAUCAUCCUCGCCAAUGAGCUGACCCGCGGCGAGAACAAGGGUCUUGAGCAGAUUGGAGAGUACUACCAAACCGUCUACGACAAGUACCACAACACGUAUGGCUUCACUCAGGUCACCAUGGCCGAUCUCAUCCAGAUGGGCUCCAACAUUGCUGCUGUUACUUGUCCUCUUGGACCCCGAGUGCGCUCUUUUGUUGGUCGCAAGGAUAGCACCAAGGCUAACUUGGGAGGACUCCUACCCAAAGUCACCUCUGAUGCUCUCACUCUCAUCAACUUGUUCAAGGACAAGACCAUCGGCCCUGAUGAUCUUGUUGCUCUCAUCGGUGCGCACACAACUUCUCAACAGCACAAAGGCAACAUCGAGCGUGACGGUGAUCCUCAGGACACCGCGUGA